AUGGAAAAUCUCAUUGGUGGCAGUGGAUAGGUUAGUGCCAGCGGAGGUUCAAGCAAUAUGAAGCAGUUUGAUAUGAGGUCCUCUGGGAGAAGUAGCAAGAGUGGAGGCUAAUAAAUGCAAAGCGAUGGGUCAAGAGUUAGUUUGAAAAAAGGAAGAUCCAGUUAGUCAAUACCAUAUGCACUAAUUGAAGGACCUGAGCCAUCAUAAGAUAUGUCAUAUAAAUGGGUAUUAAGGAAUGAAAAAGUCUAGUUAAUUGAGGCAGGCAUAGCAAUAGAAAGAUUUAGCCUAGAGUCAGAUCUAAGAGACUUAGAAACUGAAUUUAGAUUAGUUAGAAAGCUAACUGAGACGAAAGAACAUGAUAAUAAUUAGGAGGCUUUUGAAAAAGAAAGCUCAAAGCUGAAUAGAUAUCAGAAGUUGAGACCUUUCAAACACACAAGAGUUAGAUUAGUGCAGAGAAAUGCUGAUGUAUUAGAUUCAUACAUGAAUGCAAACUAUGUGAAUACGUCAACGAGUCAAAAUGAUCAGAUAUUCAUAGCUACGUAAGGACCCUUAUCAAUCACAAGAGAAAACUUUUGGAGAAUGAUUGAACAAGAGCAGGUUUAACUUGUAAUAAUGCUCUGUUGUGUUAAGGAAAAUGGGAAGUCUAAGUGUGAUUAAUAUUGGCCUGCUGAAGUGGAAGAGAGUUUUACAUUUGAAGAAUCUGGAUUGCAAGUAACUCUUAUAUCUGUAGAGUCCAUUAUGCCUAACCUAAUUCAAAGAAAAAUCAAAAUCAUCAACAUAGAGGAGGAGAGAUUCAUGAUACAUUUGUAAUAUCUAGCUUGGCCAGAUUAUGGAGCUCCAGAAGCAACAGACUUCAAGAUUGUGGGAUAGAUUUUAGAAUAUAUCAGAGAAUAUCAUCAAAAGAGCUUGUCUAAUAACUCAGAAAACAAAAUUGUGAUUCACUGUAGUGCGGGAAUUGGUAGAACAGGAACUAUCCUAGCCAUAUACAAUAUUUAAUUAGCCCUGGAGAGACUUUGCAAAAAUAAAGAACUCCUUCUGCAUUCAGGACAGUAUAACUCCCUUUCAUAACCAAGAAUAUCAGUAUUUGGAGUAGUUAGAAGACUUAGAGAACAGAGAUACUGCAUGGUAUAAGUACUCAGUUAAUAUGAGUUCAUAUACGAGUAUAUAGAUCAGUGGCUAUCCUAAACAAAUUUUAUUAAGAAAAGCCCCAAAUCUUUAAUAUAAUCUUAGGUUACUGGCAGCUAGACUAUUUAGUCCAGUUCUAAAAGUGAAUGA